AUGACUAGUAAGGAAGAUUUCCAGCAGAUACUACUAUUACCUAAGGAUGUGAACCCUACAACGCCGACAACGACUACACUUUCAUUGUGUCAUCCAUCACUUACCUCCGGAAAACCAUCUCUCGAGUUAUUGAUACACGAGGACAAGAUCUAUCAUUUUGAUCAAUAUACAUUCCGUAGUAAAUACCUUGUAGAUGCAAAUCAUACUGGUCCACGUCGUAUUGUGACUGCAAGAGACACUUCUUCACAAGAAGUAACCUCUGCAAGAUCUGUCUUUGUCAUUAAUUCUAACUCACGUGAGGAUGGUUUGAUACUCUCUAGGGAUACGUUGAAAUUGUUAUUAGUGUAUGAUAUUACGUAUAGUUUGAUUGCAGCAUAUUGUAAAGCCCAGAACGAUCCCAUGACAUCGAAGGAAAAAGAUUAUUUGACAACCGCUUCACCUUCUUCUUCUUCACAAAGUAACAAUGAGAGUGAUCGAUUCUUGACGAUCAGAGACUAUAGAGAUAUGUUAAUAGAGCAAGAUAGUUCCGAAUGGAAUCACAUACCGAUGUCUAUUAUAGAGAACAAACUUUGUUUAAUAAGUGAACAAAUUACGGAAUGUGAUGAAUUGUAUUAUAAGACCACAUUAAUAUCGAUCGUAAGGUAUUUAAUUACGGAAAAGAUUUGUAAGAUGUAUUCAUCAUUCCCUGAAUCAAUCCCAAUUCCAAGUCAAUGGCCAACCGAUAUACAAAAAAGCAUGAAAAUUGUCAGGUGUUGUCAGUUAUUAAUAUCUUUAUUACCUCGACGAAUCUACGAAGCAUUGACACAAGAGGAUACCAUUGUUGUACUAACCAUUGAUGAUGAUAAAUUAAGUGUCAAAAAAUGUUUCACUAAGGUAGAAAAAUACAGAGAUUCGACCGCAGUCAGUGAACAGGAACGUAAAUUAUUAGCUCAGAGUGCCAUGCAAGUCGGAUUAUCUAAUGGAUCAGCUGUCAAAAAGACUGGUAAUAAGAUUAAAAAACCAUCAAUUACUAAGAAAUCUGUCACUAAGAAGAAAGUCACAGUGGGAAAAGGUGCCAUAGAUGGGUUCUUCAAGAAACGUUAA